CCUACCAUUGAUGGCAGAUAGACAAAAUUCAAAUAGAUCUGACGUCUAUCGCUGUCAAUGGCAGCCAAUGAGUUAAUAAGGAUUAACAGCUUGUGGGUGGGGCUGAGCUGCUUACUAUCACACACCAUAUGUUUUGAACCUCACCUCCCUACCACUGGCUUUGGGGGCAACCGUUUGGUUGGGCUUAGCAUGGAAAAGUAGGGCACGGGUGACACUUUGAAAACACACCAGCCGUUCGUGGUAAAUUGUUAGUUCGACACGGAUGACAUGCAUGCUGUGAGGUUGAAGUCCACAAUUAGAGGGAGGAGGUGCGAAGAGGAGGAAGAAGAGGUGAAAUUCGAGGAGAGUGACAUGAUUCCAAAGUCAGGAAAAUCUCCGAUGGACUCGCGGAAAAGUGUGGCGGGCAUCCAUGAGUUUGCAGCACUCGCCAGAUCUUCGCUCAAUGGCAUCUCGCAAGCGGUGAGGGACCACGUGACCAAACCCACCUCACUGGCCCAGGGCCGGGUUGCCCACCUCAUUGAAUGGAAAGGCUGGCCCAAACCUGUGGAACCCUCCCACGCCGCCCACUUCAGCUCCUACUGUCGCCUGAGCGAAGGCGAGAAGGAGGCCCGCUUUGCUGCCGGUGUGGCCGAGCAGUUUGCCAUCGCUGAGGCCAAGCUGCGUGCGUGGGCAUCGGUGGACGAGGAUGACAUGGAUGAAGACGAUUCCAAUGACGAGGAGGCCAAAGUGGGCUCUCACGCCGACUUCACCCCUCAGAGCACAGCAGACGCCGCCACGUCCCACCUGGCAUCCGGACUUCUGGUCCGGUCUGAACAACUUUUCCAAGAGGAAAACGGUGGCGACGGUGAGGUGUUUGUCCACCACAAACCUGAGAGGAGGCCCGGCCGUUUUGAUUCUUGCUACUCUACCUCGUACUCUGAAUCACCCGAAGAGGAUGACGAGGAAGAAGACGAUGAGGUGUUCCACGAAGCUCGGCUCUGGAGCUCUGGGCGUUUUCCGUUCGACCGGGCCUCCUCCGGGGUGGCGUCUCUGGACGAGGAAGACCACGAGAAACAGGACCGGGGAGAUGAGGGGAAAGAGUAUUUGAUGUGAUGUGUCGUCCGUGUCUUUGAAUGUGGAGAUGACUUCAUCUUUUGCUUUGCCUCAUGUCCUUCUUCUCGUCUAUUACCAGGCCACCGGAGAAUUGCUAAACGGAAUCCAACGCUGUCAAUUUUGUACAUUUUUUGGUGUCAGUGUCGCUAUGGCGUUGUUUUUUCUAUGGGAUAUUUUGUAGUGUUGUAUUUUAUCAGGGUUCAUGCUGUGUCUCGUGGAUGUUGAUACUGAAUGUCCUUGCACACGUCGAAGUAUAAAAGGUGACUUUUUCUGGGGGAGCAUGUGUCUUGUCGUUUGUUUUCAGGUUAUCAAAGAAAGUAACAACAAAACAACGUGUUUCUUAGUGGGUGUUUUUUUUUUUUUUUAAUGAAAAAGGACAAUAUAAGUUUGUACAGUGGUAC